AUGAAGUUUUUGUUUGCCCUGUUUUCAGUGGCUACACACUUGGCACACUGUAGCCUAGUUUUAAAUCUCGGUCAAGAUGUUGGAAGUUAUGGCGGUGGUGACGGUGAAGUCAUCCUAGUAGAUGUGAAGCGUGUUGCAGGGAAGGGAGAUAAGGAUGAGUAUUUGCUACUGAAGCACUCUUUCCCUUCUCCAUUUGAUCUCAAGGGAGCUAGAAUUGGAACCUCUGCACAGUUUGGAAUACACUCUGAGGAGAAGGUAUCUGAGGCUCAAGUCUACUUUAAGAAGCGUGUACCAGUCCUACUCAAGUUGGUCACUGCAAGAAAUGGUCCAUUCCUUUUUGAAAAUUUGGGAAGAAACUCCUGGCGGUCCUAUCUUAAAACUGCCGGAUCCACCGAUGCGGACCUCCCAACUGAAGACAUGGACAGGAUUUACUCUAAUAUUCAGUCUGCACUGACCCUAGACAUUUGCAAGAGGGGUGGAGAAUAUAAUGGAGACAUUGCUGGAGCUACCAAGAUAAGCGUAGGCGAGAAACAAGUCGUUGGAAAUUACGUCAUGUUCACACAUAAAGUACCAGAAGGGAAGCAACUCCACCUGUUCUCAUGCAGAGAUGUACACCAGUCUGGAAUAUCUGCUGGAAAUGAAAGGGAAGUAAGCGUCUUUUUCAGGGAGGACGUUCCAAUUGUUGUUCGCUUCAAGAGUCAAACCAAUGAAAGGUAUUAUAGGCUCAUUGGACAAGACUUGUGGGAGCCGGUACAUGCCUCAACAUAUAUCCGAAGGCUUACCCUAGGUACGGAGCAAGGGGAAGAAGAAGAUGAUGAAGAGGAAGACGUAGAUCUUAAAAAGGGUGACCGUGUAACCGUAGAUUUUGGAACUUUGAAAGUUAGAAAGUCCGUACCUUUUGAGCCAAAAGUUGAGGUUGAACCUCCCAUCACUGUAACACUUGGAACAAGAUCUUCUGCUCAGGCAACUGAGAAAAGAGAGGGAGAAGCUCAACAGGGUAGUGUAGAAGCACGUAGAGAUGGAGAAGGUCAAGCUCAAAGGGAAGAGUCUGAAGCUGCUCCAUCUCCGCUCCAGGAAUCGGCCCUCUUUAGGCUGUUGGAUGAUGCAUUUGCCGGUGUAUCUAAACUUGUCAUAAUAGACAUUGGUAGAAGGACUGGCAACCAGGGUUAUGAUCAGUACUUGACCUACACCUACGUUCCAUCUGUAACAGCACAUGCCAUUAUUUUGAGGAAGGCCGAAACAAAUGAACACGCCAUAUAUUCACAUCAACUUACGGCAAAUUCAUGGUUUAGAGUAUUCAGAUUCAUUCACAACGGUCAAGUUUUGGAUAUAAAAUACACCGGACCUGUUAAAAGUGUUCGUGUACACUGGUCAAAGGUAUCUAAUGAUCCAGUGUUCAUCGAACUUGUGGCUCCAUCAUCUGAACCAGGUGCAUUUUUCUACAGCGACGGAAGAUGGAAGAGUGCUAGAUCUAAGGAAGAAUCACUCAAAUUGGCUCUUGAAGCUGCCAAGAAGAGACCUGCCAGAAAAACUGAGCAGCAGGAGGAUCUGCUGGAUCAAGAAAUAGUAGAACUUCUUAAAGAUUCAGUUAAGCCACUCAGAGGUGCACAGCCAGAACAGAACAAUAAGAGUGUAGAAAAGAGCGGGAAAAAUGCCGAAAAAUCCAAGAAAAAGAGUGGAUUUAAGACAAGUGGAACUGGUUUGCUUAUGAUUCUCCUAUUGUACUCUUAUUUGGGUUAA